AUGGCCUCCCGAGAAGAUAACGCCCGGACGGGCUUCAACCGGAGAUUCCUCUCAAUGUUGAUUCGUGAGAGCUGGUCAGAUAUGCUGGCUUUGUCCUUGAUGGGUGGCGCCACUGGUGCUAUCUACUUUUCGGACCUUCCCUGGACGAGAAACUUCCCGCUGUACCACCUGUCCGGCGACGUCAUCAACCCAGAGCUCGCAUACCCCGAUCGUGGAUGGAUCAUUAGAACAUGGGUUUCCGGCCUGAUUUGCGCCGUUGUCCCCGCUGCGGUCAUCCUUCUGGUCCAAAUCCGCGAGCGAAGUAUUUGGGACACCCUCACCGCUAUCAAUGGCGUGUUCCUCUCGCUGGCUCUCUGCUCCUUCAUAUUCGUCGUCACCAAGCAUCUGAUCGGUGGCUUUCGACCAUACUUUCUCGCCGUCUGUAUGCCCGACAUCUCGCUCGCAGCGAACAACGAAACUGGUCUCGAUGCCGUCGGAUUUCAACAGGUCAUGUACACGAGCAGCAUAUGCACACAGCCCGACAAGAGUCUACUUAAACAGGCGAUGACCUCAUUCCCCUCUGGCCACGCCGCCAGUCCAUUCGCCAGCUUCGGGUUUCUCUUCCUGUACUUGAACGCCAAGUUGAAAGUUUGGGCCGACAAGCAACCAGCAAUAUGGAAGCUUGCAGUCACGAUGGCGCCACUUUUCGCAGCCUUUCUCAUGGCAUGUAUCAUCAUCGUUGAUCGAGCCCACCAUUGGUACGAUGUCGUCGUCGGCAUUGCAAUUGGCAUUACAACUGCAUUCGCCUCGUUCCGUCGGUCAUAUGCGGCAAUCUGGGAUUGGCGCUACAACCAUAUUCCUCUCAAGCGACACAGCUCCUUCAUUGAGGAAGAGUUGAAGCACUCGGACAGCGAAUAA